AGUGCAUUAAAUAAAAGAGAAAACUACAAAUGAAACAAAAAAGCACUUAAGCCAUUCUGCAAAAGUGGCAUAGAACUUUGGGCCACUGUGCAUUCUACAGAGGAGUUUAUAUACCAGUGACAACAACAAAGAAAGAAAGAGAAAAGCUAAGCAGUAAUUAUGAUGAAGAAGACAUGAUCCCUAUUAUUUGGAUGAGAAAGUAGUCUUUCAACAGAAAAAUCUGGCAUUGUUAUUAGCAUGGAUAUAAUGUUGGAGUGGUUUCCGGCAAUGAAAAUGAGCAUAGAAAUAAUAAUCAUUAAUGUUUAGUGGUGAUGAUGAUUGAUUUUGAGUGUCCACCACUCUUAUUAGCUUCAACUAUAAAUGCCUUCUUUCUCUUCUUCUUCCUUUUAUUCACACUCUCUCUUUCACUCUCUCUUUCUCCCUCUCUAUAUAUCUAUAUCUAUAGCAAGAUUCUCUCACAGAUUCAUUGAUGUCAACUUUGAAUCAAUUGUUUGAUCUUCCAGAACAAAUAUGUUAUGUCCAAUGUGGAUUCUGCACUACCAUCUUGAUGGUGAGUGUGCCAUGCAGCAGCAUGUCAAUGGUGGUGACAGUGAGAUGCGGACACUGCACAAGCCUUCUCUCUGUGAAUAUGAUGAAAGCUUCUUUUGUCCCUUUACACCUCUUAGCUUCUCUUUCUACUCAUCAUCAUCAUCAUUCAAAAGAAGAGGAUGCAAACAACAACAUCGCAAUGAACAGUUCAUCAUCCAUGAUGAUGAUCAACUACUCCUCUGAUGAUUGUGCAGAAGAGGAUGUAACCACAAUCAACAAUGUUGUCAACAAACCCCCGGAGAAAAGACAGCGAACUCCAUCAGCUUAUAACCGAUUCAUCAAAGAAGAAAUUAAAAGGCUAAAGGCAGAAAACCCUGAAAUGGCACACAAGGAGGCUUUCAGUACCGCUGCAAAAAAUUGGGCCAAUUUUCCACCAACUCAGUUCAAUGGAGAUGAAGAAAUUUGCAAUCAGAAAGAGCAGUUUGCGGAUCUGGACUCCCAAGUGGACCGUCAUUCUCAUUCUCAUGAGAGCAUCAACGAAGAAGGUGAAAGUUUCCAUGGAAGAAAGAUGCAAAGAAAUUCCAUCAUGGCAAGGACACAACUUGAAUGAAGAAAGAUCAAUUAAAUAAGAACAGUAGUACAAUAACAUAUAGUAAAUGAGAAUUCAAAGCUCCCUUUAAUCUGUAUCUUAUUUUAUUAAUGUUUAAGCUGCCUAGCUCUUAUACUGUUUUUUCUUCUUAAGAAAAGAUAGAUUUCGAUGCUCUCUUGGGAAUGAAAACGAGUUAAUAAGAAGUGCCAAUUGUUACUACUACUAACAUAUAUAUUAUUAGAGACUUAAUUAGUUGA